AUGGAUUAUCAAUUAUCCAACUCUUCAUCAGACGAAGAAUUUUGGGAUCUUGCAAAUUCAUCAUCAGACGAAGAAUUGUUCAAUUUACAAAUUAGGGCUCUACAAGAAGAGAAGGGAAGGAGAAGACGUCGAGACUUUAUUACGGGUCGGCUGUAUAAAGAUAGGGAACGUCUUCAAGGUCACCAAAGACUAUUCAAAGAUUAUUUUUCUGAAAAUCCAAUUCAUGGAGAAGAUAUAUUUCAGAGGAGGUUUCGGAUGCAUCGAGCUUUGUUUAUUCGAAUUGUAGAUGGGGUAACAGAUUAUGACUCCUACUUUGUCCAAAAAAGAGAUGGGGCAAGCCGCCUUGGAUUGUCUUCUCUACAAAAGUGUACAACUACGAUGAGAAUGCUUGCUUAUGGAGUUGGGGCAGACGCUGUUGAUGACUAUAUUCGAAUUGGUGAAAGCACUGCAAUUGAAGCUUUGAGAAGGUUUGUCCAAGCGGUUAUUGAUGUUUUUGGCGCUCAAUACUUGAGAAGACCUACUGCUGAAGAUAUUUGCAGAUUGUUAUCAAUUGGUGAGUGCUGUGAGUUUCGAGGAAUGCUUGGCCGAGCUCCUCCGGUCAAUUUUAGGGUGAAUGAUCAUGACUAUAAAAUGGGAUAUUAUUUGGCUGAUGGCAUAUAUCCAUCAUGGUCCACUUUUGUUAAAACUAUUCCAUGUCCACAAGGAGAGAAAGCAAAGAAUUUUGCUAAAGCUCAAGAGGGAUGCCGAAAAGAUGUAGAAAGAGCUUUUGGUGUGCUUCAAACACGUUUUGCAAUUGUAAAGGGGCCUGCUCGUUUUUGGGAUCGUGAAACUCUUCAAAAGAUCAUGAAAGCAUGUGUUAUAAUGCAUAAUAUGAUCAUUGAAGAUGAACAUGCCGAACGCAUUGCAGAUUUGCAGCCAAUGAUCAUGAAAUUCUUGCAAGGCAGUGUGUUGAACCGGAUGAGCAAUUUGAAGAUCUGCUAG